GUCGUUCUCUCCCCGCCUCUCACUCUCUCGCUCGCUCGCGCGAACAACUGAGUAGUCGCUGGGUUUUUUUUACAAAGUACUCAAAUUCAAUGUGCUUUUACAUCAACAAACGCUGGUCCGCGCAAUAAGUGAGGUGUGUGAAUUAUGCGGCGCUGCAGCAGCCAGAAAUGAUGCAUUCCGCCCGCACCCCGAACUGAGCACCGAGCGAGCGAGUUGUUGAUAAAUGAAAUCACAAUUCCCACAAAUCUGAGCGAAUAAAGAACUGAACUGAACAAAAAAGAAAGCGCGAUGUGCGACGGUGAAAUUUGCGAGCCAGUGACUCAGCCACGUUCCGAGGGCGGCGGCGGCGGAUCUUCCGGGGCGCCGGAGCAGGAGCUGCGGGUGCCCCACAUCGAUAAGCAGCCAGGCGAAAAGCACCUGACCAACGGUGGAGCACCCGGGACGCCGACCGCAGUGCAGGUGGAUCUCCAGGUGGCCCACUGGGCCGUGGAGGACGUGACCAGCUGGGUCAUUCAAACCGAUCACUUUUCACGGAUCCUGCUUGACUGCCUGCGCAUGGAGGCCGUAGACGGCGAAGUCCUGCUCUCCCUCACCGAGGAUGACGUCCGGGACAUGCGCUACCGCCUGGGAUACAAGCUCACCUUUGGGGAGCUGAAGAAGUUCUGGAUUGCUGUGCUUCGACUCCAGUUGCUGGUAAAGAACAGCGCCGCGGACUCUGUGUUGCUGGGCAUCGAGAGCCACGGUGGCCAUCCUGCUUAUGUGCCGAUGGCUACAUCUUGCGGACCGCCUUCCUCCUCAACGUGUCCCUGCCCGCAGCUCGAGUGUCCCAGUACAAUUUCGGACUGCGAAACUUACUUGCGCUUGGGCGGACGCUAUGUGACUCCCGAGUACUUCAAGACCGCCAUGAGCUUAGCCUACUCGUUCGUGGUUACCUGGAUAACGUCAUUUGUUAUGGUGAUCGUGCACGAGCGCGUGCCGGAUAUGAAGCGAUAUCCCCCGCUGCCCGACAUCUUCCUGGACAACGUGCCGCACAUCCCUUGGGCCUUCAACAUGUGCGAGAUCACUGGAUCGCUGCUAUUCAGCAUAUGGCUUAUAGUGCUGAUCUUCCACAAGUACCGCAUGGUGCUCCUGCGACGUUUCUUCGCCCUGGCUGGCACGGUUUUCCUGCUGCGAUGCGUCACAAUGCUGAUCACCUCGCUGAGUGUGCCUGGAACGCAUCUGCAGUGCAGUCAGAAGGACUUUGCCAUCGAUGAUCCCAAUGUGGACAUGGUAGGCGCAUUGAUCAUUCGGAUGACGCGCGCUUAUCGCAUCUGGAGUGGCCUAGGCAUGUCCAUACAGGGAGUGCGCACCUGUGGCGAUUACAUGUUCAGCGGUCACACGGUGGCACUCACUCUGCUCAACUUCUUUAUCACAGAGUACACCCCGAGAAAUUUGUACUUUCUGCACACGCUCACCUGGCUGCUCAACAUGUUCGGUAUCUUUUUUAUCCUGGCUGCUCACGAGCACUACUCCAUCGAUGUUUUUGUAGCCUUUUACAUCACGUCACGAUUGUUUCUCUAUUACCAUACUUUGGCCAACAAUCGGGCUCUCAUGCAAAGCGACUCAAAGCGGACACGUAUUUGGUUUCCCAUGUUUAGUUACUUUGAGAGCAGCGUCGAUGGGAUGGUGCCCAACGAAUAUGAUACACCCGGCUCACUUAUCGAUGGCAUCAUAGAUCAGAUGUUCUGGAUCAAGGACCAACUGGUCACAACCAUAAAACGCAUCUGGGUGGACGCUCAUUCUCCCUUGUCCCCCAAGUCGUCGAUUCAGAUCUUUGGCUCUGACUCUGAUGAAUAUGUGCACAACACAUCCGCCUUCUUUAGUCCGCGUCCGUCGGCCACUAGUAACUUUAAUAAUGCGGCACCAACUUCUACGGCAACGCCAGCGCCUGCGUCGCCAAAAAGUUUGCAGGCGCAAAAAAAGACCUUUAAGGACGUCAGCCUUGAUCCAUUCUCCAGGGCAACAAUCGCUUCCCCUUCCGCCGCCGCUACCUCGCAGACGCUCGCCAAGGAUACGCCGCUGAAGCAAAAGAAGGUGCUCUGAUUUCCACAGUCAUUCGCUCUUCCAAACAUGUUUAUCCGAUGCCGUUCUUCGAAAAGCAACAAUAUGCUGAAAUCAACCACAACACCGACUGAUAUUUUUAUUUCGAAAUUUCCCUUAUUUCCCCCUCUCCUACUCCACUCCUUACUGUUACAGCACCCUCUCCUUAUCCUGAUUCUCCAUUGUAUUAUUUAAUGCAUUCUACCAUUCGUAGUGCCUUCCGGGUCAUUUCCCUCUUCUAGAAUGCCGACAGGAUGUCCCCAGAGCCUUUCCCUGUUAUUUUCGUCGGGAGACGCUUCUUAUCGGCUGGUAAACGAUGAUUAUGAUGAUGUUUUUGAAACCCUCCUCAUUCCGUUCAAUUCGGCUUUGAACUAAAUGUAUUUAUUAAUUGAAGAAGACUUCUAAUGCAUUAUUAUUAUGUAAUUGUAAGCAUGUGAAACAACUGUAUUUUUAGUUAAUUAGUGAUAAGUUUGGAAAGUUUUGUUGAACGCACAAGAAUCAAUAAAUAAAAUUGAAUAUUUCCACAGCCUGUGUGUAAAAGAGGCUCAAUACACUUGAA